GGAAUGGGAGAAACCACGGAAAGGGAGAAAAGGAAAAGGAUAAAGUCAUAGAUGUUCUCGCGAAAGGUAGACAUCUUGUGCUUGCAGGAGACGAAAUUGGCAGAGGAGAAGUUUGAUCUUAUCCAGAAGUGGUGGGAGGGACCACAAUUCUGGUCCCCUGCGCAGGGCACAAGGGGAGGAGUGGCUAUAUUGCUCCAUCGGAAUUUGCAAGGCUCAGUCUUGGAUGCAGAGACUGACUUAUGGGGGAAAUGGGCCUGGGUGAGGUUACAGGUGGGUAAGAAGGAAUGGGUAUUGGCAACAGUGUACUCACCAACGGAUGUAGCUGCACGAGUGGAGUUUUUCACUAAUCUGCAAAGAAUAGUUCCACAGUCAGAGAAUGUGGUAAUUCUGGGGGAUUGGAAUCUGUCAUUAGACGAGGCUCUCCGCAAAGGCUCCCGCUCAGCUGGCAGAAAAGACACGGCCGCCCUGCUGGAUCUGAUUCAGGAACGGGAUCUGUCAGACCCGUUUCGCUGGUUGAACCCGGAAGACCCGGGCUUUACUUGGUUCUCUAGUGCCCGGAGAGAGGGGGAUGGGAGGGAGGUAGUGAGACGGCGGUUGGACUACUGUCUGGUGGGUAAGGGGUUAGCUCAAUCGGUUACUUAUGUCCAACAGAUAUCCCACCCGCUUUCUGAUCAUAAGCCGGUGGCGGUAGACAUCGUGAUGACAGGGGAGGUGGAGAGGGGGGAAAGUUAUUUUAAGUUAAAUUCUCAAAAUUUAGAGGAUUCGGGCUUGAGGAGCUGGGUGAGUACCCAUAUGGAGAAUUGGCAGGCGACCAGACUGUCCUUCCCGUCCACAACAAAAUGGUUGGAUGGGGGCUUAGCUGUAAUUUCUGGGGUUCUGAAUGUGAGCUCUAGGAUUCUUGCAAGAGAAAGAAAUAAGGAAGAGGACCUGUGCAGGAGAAGGGUAGAGGAGGCGGAAAGAAGGAUGGAGUCUCAUCCGAUCUCUGAGUUGGUGUGGGCCAAGGAAAGAGAGCGCAGAUUGGCGGAGUGGGAUAAACUUCAAGUAGAAAAGCAACAGAGAUGGGAGGAAACGCUGAGGAUCAAGGACAUUCAAACGUAUGACAUGAUGUCUAACGAAACGUUCCGUAGACUGUUGCCAAGUAUCUCCUUUCAACAGGUGGUCCAGCUGCAGCACCCGUUUGAUCGAACGGCUCAACAUGCAACAUCUAACGAAGGGAUGCUGGAAUAUGUCAGGAUGUACUACUCAGAUAUCCUCACAGCCAGAAGAACCCAAGAUACAGUUGAUACGGACCUGACACAGGAACUGAACAUGUGGGAGGACACUGCUGUUCAACUGGAGGUGUCGGACAGGCUGCUUCUGGACAGACCAAUUACGGAGGAAGAGUUGAAACAGACUCUAAGGGUGAUGACGGCGGGGAAGUGUCCAGGCAGGGAUGGCUUAACUGUGGAAUUUCAUGGGGCCUGCUGGGAUGCUUUGGGCCCCCCACUUGUGGAGGUGGUUAAUGAAGUUCUGCUGGACGGGAAGUUGGGGGGAGCGAUGACGCACAGAGUUAUUUUGGUCAUGUUCAAGAAGGGGGACAAGGCGAAUAUAAAGAUCUUAGCUAAAGCGCUAACUUUACGGUUGGGGAAAGUUCUCCCGAAGUUGGUGGAGAAAGAUCAAGGCGCUUUUGUUCAGGGCCGUUCAAUCUUCAUCAACAUCUUGACGGGAAUUGAGAGCAUAGAAGCCAUUCAGGCGGAAGAGAUGAAUUUGGUUGUGCUCCUUCUUGACAUAGAGAAAACCUACGAUAGAGUAGGCUGGUCCUUUGUUUUGACCACGAUGAGGAAGAUGGGCUUCAGUCCGGGGUUUUGCAAAUGGGUUAUCGCUAUGUAUAUGUACGCUACUUCAGCAGUCCAAGUCAAUGGACAUCUAUCAGACAAGUUUCAGUUGACAAGGUCUCUCCGUCAGGGCUGCCCUCUAGCCCCUCUGUUGUUCGUGCUCGAGCUAGAGGUUCCGCUGAAUCGGAUCCGGAAUCAUCCACGCAUUCAGGGCCUACCUCUGUCAAGCGAUAAGGAGUGUAGAACAAAGGCUUUAGCGGAUGAUUUGUUCCUGAUUUCGGCCAAUACUGUGGAGUCAUUGGAGGCAGUAAAGGAUGUCCUGCUAGAAUAUUCAGGGUUGUAUGAAGCUUCGGUGAACUGGAACAAGUCCACCUACCUGCUACCGGAGGAUUCUGCGCUUCGGGUAGAAUGGGGUAUGCAAAGGGUAAAUGCAGAGACAUGUGAGCGCUUCCUAGGGGUGUUGAGUUGUUUCCGCUGCCUUUCCAUGCCGAUGACUACCAAACAGAAGCGAGCGAGUUUGGGUAAAGUUCGUGGAAUUUAUUCCGACCCUUAUGCCUCUGUCGAUCUCCGUAAUGGCCCCUUGGGCGCUCGUAUGGCGCAAACCCGUGUCAUCAGGAACACUCCUCGUCCCAUCUGGAACGAACGCUUCCGCAUCAUCACCGCCCACAUGGUCACCCACGUGGUCAUCACGUUGAAGGACGCCGAUCUCGUGGAUGCCAACUUGAUCGGACGGUCAUAUAUCCCCUUCGAGACUGUCGGGACCGGAGAGAGAAUCGAGCAGUGGUUUGAUGUGGUGGGCAGUGACAAGAAGACUCCCAUAGGUCCAGACUGCAAGGUGCGCGUCGCGAUGCAGUUCUUUCCUGUUUUGGAAAGAGCUAAUCAGGGUGUGAUGUGGGAGGACAAGGGUAAGGCGAGCCCCCUCUCCUCCCAACUCCCUGGGGUUCCGAACACUUACUUCCCUCUCAGAGUCGGCGGAGAGGUGAAACUCUAUCAGGAUGCCCAUGUGAGAGAGGGCACUCUCCCUCGGAUCACGCUGAAGGACGGGAGGGUCUAUGCGCAUGGGAUGUGCUGGUGGGACAUAGCGAAUUCCAUCGCGAAUGCGCAGAAGCUGGUGUACAUAGUCGGCUGGUCCGUAUAUUACAAAACGCCGUUGGUGAGGGAUAAAGACAUGGUGUUGAAAGGAACAGCGUUGGAAAGAUACGUGGAAGAUGUGGGGGGUAUCGAACAUCUGACCUUGGGAGCGUUGCUGAAGAUGAAGGCCGACGAGGGUGUCAAAGUGCUGUUGCUGGUCUGGGAUGAUAAAACCUCGCACAAUUUCGUCUUCUUCAAGACGGCGGGAGUCAUGGGGACACAUGAUGAGGAGACAAAGAGCUUCUUCAGGCAUUCGCGCGUGAAGUGUGUGCUUGCCACCCGCAAUGCUGACUCAAAGCUCAGCUACUUUAGGCAAGGGGUGGUGUCAACAUUCUACACGCACCACCAGAAAACGGUGGUUGUGGAUGCACCCGUGAAGCAUGACUCUGUUGGAUUCAAGGCAAUGAAUGGGGAGAGGACACUUAUCGCAUACCUCGGAGGCAUUGAUCUGUGUGAUGGGCGCUACGACUAUUGUGAGCACCCACUGUUCCGAACGGGGUAUGGCGACGGUCCACAUGUCAAUGACUUGCAUCAGCCGAACUUUCCCGGCAUCAUAGACUGGUCGAAGGGGGGUCCACGACAACCUUGGCAUGAUAUCCAUUGCAGGAUUGAGGGUCCGGCUGCCUUCGAUGUGCUGAAGAACUUUGAGCAACGGUGGCUGAAGUCUGCACGGAUUCCCACCUCCUGGUGGAAAUUGGGAUUUCAGGAAAUUCGUAAUUUUGUGAAGUUUGAGCUGACACAUACUUGCGCUCUCGCCUUGGGUGUUUUGCGGCAGCGGGAGGUGGGAAUCCCGGUGAGGAAAAACACCAGUCCUCCUCUUGCAUGCAUUAUGUGUGCUCGUUCUGAUUUUGUGUUCGUAAGUAGCCUGGGUAUCAGGAGAACGAACGUCUUUGGGGUGGGAAUCGUGGGAUUGAUUGACAAUGUGAGUACUUCUGUGACGGCUGGGAACCUCACGUCAGAGGAGGAAGACUGUACUUUUCUUGAGUUCGAGAAUUGUUACCCGGACAACCUGACCCUUAAGCGCACUGUUACAUGCCCAGUUGGGCGAUGUACAUAAUAAACCGAGGAUCCGCAAUGUGAUAAAAAGGACUGAAUGGACAAUGCAGUGCAAAUGAAAUCUCAACAAGCAG